CGGAAACAUGCCCCUGCGAAAUGGUUGGUCUAGUGCUAGGCUUAUCAUAGUGACAUUGCUGCACUUUGCCUCGGCUCUAUGUGGUUUCGUGACAGCUGUGGCGAUGGGAGUCUUGAUCAACCGAUUUAAAGGGUGCAUCUUAUACGCUGAGAUGAAAGCUGAGAUGAAAGGUGAUAUCGUUCUUCAUGGCAAUAAAUCAACAUGUGAUUUUGUUGUUUCGAUGAACGCCGUUGUAACGAUUAUAUUUUCAUCCGUCAUAGCUGCCGUCUUUGUGUUACAAAUGAUUCGAAAGAUAAAUUUGGAUUUGACUAAUUUCGUUCUCGUUUUUAUGAUGACAGGAUUUUCAGGAUUUAUUCUUCUCCUAACGCUUAUAUCUGCUGGGAUAUCAACUGCAGGAUACCGUGCUUAUUGUUCUUCUGUAGAACGCCAGAAAAGGAGCUGUUCGACUAUAAUUUGGUUAAACGAUCCAAACGAGGUUUUACAUGAUUUGAGAACGCCAAUGAACGCAGUCAUCGCGAGCUCGUGGAUUAUUGUCAUUAUCUGGCUCAUUAUCUUCGCAAAUGGUGCAUAUGGCCUAUAUGCUUAUCACAAGAACAGGAAUUUGGACAGGAACAGGAAUGCGACCAAGGAGAACAACGAGUCGGAGCGAUACUAACUUUCUUUCACAGUUAUAGAACUAAAUAAAAAUUUCAAAAAAACUAAAGCUUGCUUGCUUGGGCUUGCUUUUUAGAACUUUUUGUUGGUACUAUUACCUUUCAUUUGUAAACGCACCCAUUAUCAAUGUACACAUGUAAUCGUUGGAACAUGAUAUCAUCAAUACUGUUGCAUAAAAGCACCCAAUCAACACACCUUAGGGUUCGUUUAAGGAUUUAAGCCCUCCAUGGAC